AUGGCAAAUAUAAAUAACCAAAUUGAUCAAUUAACAUACAAAAUAUAUGAAUCAUUAGACUUAUUAGUUGAAAGUUCAAAAGAGAGUGAAUUGGUAGAUACAAAUAUAUUAGAUUUAAUAAAUAAUGAACUACUCAAAUUUAAAGAUUUAAUACGAAUUUUUCAAAAUUAUUCAAUCAAUGAUGGUAAAUAUUCUUAUAAUUUACAACUUUAUCAAUUGAAGUACAAGAUUCUUACAGAGAAAUUCAGAAACAUACAGUUAUAUAUUUAUGAUCUACAACAGGAGAAACUCACGCAAUUAAGAAUUGAAAAAUAUGGAUUAAAUAAAACCAAGGAAUCAGCCACCCCAAAUGAUAAAGAUAUCCGUGAUGAGUUAUUUUCAAAUAGAUCAACUAAAAAGCUUCAAGAAUUAUCAGUGAAUCAACAAAUUACAAAACAAAAUAAACAAAUCACGGCAUCAUUACAAACAUCUCGUCAAUUAUUAGAAGGUUCAAUAUUACAAUCAGAAUUAAAUUUAGAUUCAAUUGAUCAACAAGCAAAGGACUUAUUUAAAUUAAAUGAAAAUUUCAUAAAAUUUAAUGAUUUAUUAAUGAAACUGAAAAAUAUUAUAAAAUUUAUCGAAAAACAAGAUAAAUCUGAUAGGAAGAGAAUUUAUAUGGCAAUGGGGUUUUUUAUAUUAUGUUGUUGUUGGGUGAUUUAUAGAAGAAUAUUAAGAAGACCAUUGAGGAUAUUGUUUUGGAGUUUAUUUAAGAUCUUUAAUAUUUUUAAUUGGAUAUUUGGUCCGUCAAAGAUAAAAAUUGAUCAAAAUGUGGUGCCGAUGGUAACUAUAGAUACACUAGAUGCAACAACUACAUUAAAAAGUUUACUGGAAACGUCAACAUUGAUGGAUACAUUGGUUGAAACUGCUACUAAUAUUGUGAUUCAUGAUGAAUUGUGA